AUGUCUCCCUCGGACUCCAUCUAUCCAGUCGCCAUCAUUGGUGGCGGCCUUGUUGGACUAUCCGCUUCCAUCCUUCUGUCCCUGCGCGGAAUUCCUAAUGUCGUCUUCGAGCGUCACAGCGGGACUUCGAUCCAUCCCAAGGCAUGCGGAAUCAACCAGCGGACCAUGGAGAUCUUCCGCGUCAUGGGCAUCGAGCAAGACAUCUACAAGGUUGCCGCGCCCCCCGACAUUGCCGGCCGCACCGCCUGGUACACCGACCUUGGCUCCUCUGGCCGCGAGAUCGUCUCACGAGAUGCCUGGGGCCUCGGCCAGUACGCAGAAGAGUACGCGAAGCACAGCCCGUCGCGCUACUCCAUCCUGCCCCAAAUCCGCCUGGAGCCCAUCAUCUCGCGCCGCGCCAAAGAGCUGAAUCCAUACGGCAUUCACUAUGGCAAAGAAGUCACAGACGUCUCAGACGCCGACCAUGACCACGUCCUCCUCACCGUCAAGCCCACCAAGAGCACCUCUCCCGACGACACGCAGCUCAUCCGCGCCCGCUACGCCAUCGUCGCCGACGGCGGACGCAGCAUGACGAACAAGCUCGGCGUCGCCUGGGAGGGCGAAGCCGACAUCUUCCACAUGGUGACGGCCCACAUCCGCGCCCCCCAGCUCCGCGCCCUCCACCCAGACCCACGCAACUUCCUGACCUGGUUCACUUCCCCGGCCAUGGGCGGCAGCACCAACACGGGCUUCCUGUACCAGAUCGGGCCGUGGCCGCUCGACGCCCACCCGCCCGAGUCGCAGGAGUGGGUCUUCGCCUGCGCCCUCAUCGCCACGGACCCGGCCGCCUUCGACCGCGACACCAUGGUCGCCCGGCUGCGCGCGACGCUGAACCUGCCCGGCCUGCCCGUCGACGUCAUCAGCCUCAGCCACUGGAACGUCAACGCCAUCACCGCCGAGCGCUACCGCGUCGGCCGCACCGGCCGCGUCUUCCUCGCCGGCGACGCCGCCCACCGCAUCCCCCCCUGGGGCGCCCUCGGCAUGAACACAGGCGUGCAGGACGCGCACAACCUCGUCUGGAAGCUCGAGCUCGCCCUCAGCGGCGCCGACGGAGACGCCAAUCACUCCCACUCCCACUACGACGCCCUCCUGACCAGCUACUCCGCCGAGCGCCGCCCCAUCGGCGCCGCCGCCGCCGCCUCCUCGCUGCACAACCUCCGCAGCCACUCCCUCGACAUGGACCGCGCCCUCGGCAUGGGCGCCGACCGCUCCGCCGCGGACAACGCCGCCGCCAUCGCCCCCUUCUUCGACGCCCAACACCCGCUCCACCGCGCCAAGCGCGACGCCGUCCGCGCCGCGCAGAAACAGCUCGACACCGAGUUCAAGGCGCCCGGAACGGAGGUCGGCUGGUUCUACCCGCAGGCGGACCAUUGGGGCGAGGGGGUCAGGACGAGGCAUGCGGGACAGCUGAGGGAGGGGGCGGAUGGCGGGGAUGGCGAUGGGUUGGAGUUUGAGACGGAGUUUUAUAGGGCGUCGACGGUGGCGGGGCAUCAUUUGCCGCAUGCGUGGGUGGAAGGAAAGGAGGGCGGGGAGAGGGUUGCGGUGAGGGAUCUGGUGCCGUUGAGUCGGAUGGUGUUGCUGGUGGGGAGGAAGGAUGCGGGGUGGGAGGCGUUUGAGAGCGGGUUGGUCAAGGUGGAGGUCGUCGGGCAUGAGGGGGGUUGGAGGGACGUGGAUGGCAGCUGGCGGAGGCAGCGCGGGGUCAGCGACGAGGGCGCGGUGCUGGUGAGGCCGGAUGGCAUCGUGGCGUGGAGGGGGGAGAUGGACGAUGGGCUGUUGGGGAGGUGGCCGGGGAUUUUGGACACGGUGCUUUAUCUGUCUGCGUCGGGUUGUUGA